CCCAACACGUGCGCGCUUUUAGCUUUCUUUGGUUUAUAACAAAAAGUGUGUUCAAAACCCUUCAAAAUGGGUUCGAAGCGGCCGAUGGACGUGCACAUGUUCCCCUCGGACCUGGAGUUUGCGGUGUUUACAGACCAGGAAAUCCGAAAACUGAGUGUGGUAAAAGUGAUAACGGGCAUUACGUUCGAUGCACUGGGACACCCGAUGCCUGGUGGUCUGUACGACAUCCGGCUGGGCUCGUACGGCCGGUGCUUGAACCCGUGCGGCACCUGCCUGAAGAUGCAGGACUGUCCAGGUCACAUGGGUCACAUUGAGCUCGGCACGCCUGUCUACAAUCCGUUCUUCAUAAAGCUGGUUCAGCGCCUGCUCUGCAUCUUCUGUCUCCACUGCUACAAGCUGCAGAUGAAGGAUCACGAGUGCGAGGUCAUCAUGCUGCAGCUACGCCUCAUCGAUGCGGGCUACAUCAUUGAGGCCCAAGAACUGGAGCUCUUCAAGUCGGAGAUUGUGUGCCAGAACACCAAUGAGCUGGUAACCUUGAGGAACGGUGAUUUAGUGCACCCAACAAUUGCUGCCAUGUACAAUCUGCUGGCUAAGAACGAGAAGAACCUUAGCAACUCUACUAAAACGAGCUGCGCUUUACGCACAGCUGUCACCAAUGCAGCUCUCCAGCGGCCGGGCAAGAAGUGCAGGCACUGUAAUAAAUCCAUGCGUUCCGUGCGUUACAUGCACCGAAGGCUGGUCUUCUACGUCACUCUGGCGGACAUUAAAGAGCGUGUUGGUGGUGCCACCGAUGCUGGUGGUCAAAACAAGGUGAUCUUCGCGGACGAAUGUCGUCGCUAUCUGCGCGAGAUUUACGCCAAUUACCCCGAGCUAUUAAAGCUCUUGGUCCCCGUUUUAAGCCUCAGCAAUACGGAUGCAUCUGACGGCGAUCGCUCGCCGGUGGAUCUAUUUUUCAUGGACACCCUGCCUGUGACGCCACCGCGCGCUCGUCCCAUGAAUAUGAUCGGAGACAUGCUGAAAGGCAACCCCCAAACGGAUAUCUACAUUCACAUCAUUGAGAAUAACCAUGUGCUAAAUGUGGUGCUCAAGUACAUGAAGGGGAAUAAGGAAAAGCUCUCGGCAGAGGCCCUAGCCGCCUUUGAAAACCUGAAAGGGGGCAAUGCCCACGAAAAGCUAUACAACGCCUGGCUGGCUCUGCAGACCUCGGUGGAUGUUCUGCUCGACGUGAACAUGUCCCGAGAGAUGAAGUCGGCCGAAGGUCUGAAGCAGGUUCUGGAAAAGAAGGAGGGUCUCAUUCGCAAGCACAUGAUGGGCAAACGCGUCAACUACGCCGCUCGUACAGUCAUCACGCCGGAUCCCAACAUAGACGUAGAUGAGAUCGGUAUUCCGGAUAUAUUUGCCAGGAAACUUUCGUAUCCCGUGCCGGUGACCGAAUGGAAUGUCCAAGAGCUGCGGAAGAUGGUUAUGAAUGGGCCGGAGGUGCACCCCGGAGCGAACUAUAUUCAGGACAAGAACGGCUUUACCACCUAUAUACCCGGCGACAAUGCGGCCAAGCGUGAAAGCUUGGCCAAGCUGCUGCUCUCGAAUCCGAAGGAUGGCGUAAAGAUUGUCCAUCGGCAUGUCCUUAACGGAGAUGUGCUGUUGCUCAAUCGUCAGCCCUCGCUGCACAAGCCUUCCAUUAUGGCGCACAAGGCCCGGAUUCUAUACGGCGAGAAGACCUUCCGCCUGCACUACUCCAAUUGCAAGGCUUACAACGCCGAUUUCGACGGUGAUGAGAUGAACGCCCACUAUCCGCAGAGCGAGGUGGCCAGGGCCGAGGCCUACAACCUAGUUAAUGUGGCCAACAACUAUCUCGUGCCCAAGGACGGCACUCCGCUAGGCGGACUCAUUCAGGAUCACGUCAUUUCGGGCGUGAAGCUCUCGAUUCGGGGGCGCUUCUUUAACCGGGAGGACUACCAGCAGCUGGUGUUCCAAGGUCUGUCCCACCUCAAAAAGAAUGUCAAGCUUCUGCCGCCGGCCAUCUUCAAGCCGGCGAGGCUGUGGUCCGGCAAGCAGGUACUGUCCACCAUUAUUAUCAACCUGAUACCCGAGGGCUAUGAAAAAAUCAAUCUGGAUUCGUUUGCCAAGAUAGGUGGCAAGAAUUGGAAUGUGAGUCCUCCACGCGCUGCUUUGUGUGGCUGCAGUCCACAAGAAAACGAGCUUGGCGAAAGCCAGGUCCAAAUUAGAAAGGGUGAACUGCUUGUUGGCGUGCUGGACAAGCAGCAAUACGGAGCCACCACUUUUGGUUUAAUCCAUUGCAUGUACGAGUUGUACGGCGGCGAUGUGUCUACCCGCCUGCUUACAGCCUUUACAAAGGUGUUCACAUUCUUCCUGCAAUUGGAAGGCUUUACGCUAGGCGUCAAGGAUAUUCUAGUGACAGCUGAGGCGGAUCAACAGAGAAGAAAUAUCAUUCGAGAGUGUCGCCGUGUGGGAAAUAGUGCCGUGGCCUCAGCACUUGAUCUUGAGGAUGAGCCGCCGCACGACGAGCUAGUGGAGAAGAUGGAGGAUGCAUAUGUAAAGGAUACCAAGUUCCGAGUGCUGUUGGAUCGCAAAUACAAGUCGUUGUUGGAUGGCUACACAAAUGAUAUAAACAAAACAUGCCUUCCUGAUGGCCUGAUCACCAAGUUCCCAUCGAACAACCUGCAACUGAUGGUGCUGUCCGGUGCCAAAGGAUCCAUGGUGAAUACCAUGCAGAUCUCCUGUCUGCUGGGACAGAUUGAGUUGGAGGGCAAGCGGCCGCCUUUGAUGAUAUCGGGCAAGUCACUUCCCAGCUUUACAUCCUUUGAGACGUCACCCAAGUCGGGAGGUUUUAUUGAUGGUCGUUUCAUGACGGGCAUACAGCCGCAGGACUUCUUCUUCCAUUGCAUGGCUGGUCGUGAAGGUCUGAUUGAUACUGCUGUGAAAACAUCGCGUUCUGGUUACCUGCAGCGCUGCCUCAUUAAGCACUUGGAAGGCUUAAGUGUUCACUACGAUCUCACUGUGCGCGACAGUGACAACAGUGUGGUGCAGUUCCUUUACGGCGAAGAUGGCCUUGAUAUCCUCAAGUCCAAAUUCUUCAACGACAAGUUCUGCGCCGAUUUUCUAACACAGAAUGCCGCUGCAAUUUUGCGACCUAGUCAGCUGCAGGUAAUGAAGGACGAAGAGAGCCUCGUCCAGAUUGAGGACCACGAAAAGAAAAUCAGGAAGUGGCAGAAGAAGAAGCCGGCUAAGCUGUGCGCAGCCUUCACACACUUCUCCGAGGAGCUGCGCGAUGAAGUUGAGGUGGCCCGACCGAAUGAGAUAAACCCCAAGACGGGACGACGCCGCUUUGACGAGGGUCUGCUCAAGCUUUGGAAGAAAGCAGACGCCGAGGACAAAGCCCUGUAUCGCAAGAAGUAUGCCCGCUGUCCGGAUCCCUCGGUGGCCGUAUACAAGCAGGAUCUGUACUAUGGCAGUGUGUCUGAGAGAACAAGAAAACUGAUUAGUGAUUACGCUAAGAGGAAUCCUAACCAAAAAGAAACCAUAUCGGAUAUUAUGCGAAUGAAGACUAUCAAGGCGUUGGCAUCGCCCGGCGAGCCUGUGGGUCUGAUAGCAGCCCAGUCGAUCGGUGAACCCUCCACUCAGAUGACACUGAAUACUUUCCAUUUUGCCGGUCGUGGUGAGAUGAACGUGACCUUGGGUAUACCACGUCUUCGAGAGAUUCUAAUGCUGGCCUCCUCGAACAUCAAGACGCCCUCGAUGGACAUACCCAUUAAGCCGGGCCAGCAAAAGCAGGCGGAGAAGCUGCGCGUUAAUCUGAACUGUGUGACUCUAGCAAAUCUUUUGGAGUCUGUUCAUAUAAACACCAGCUUGGCCCUCGAGCCGGAAAGGGCUUACGAAUACGAGAUGCGCUUCCAAUUCCUUCCCAGGGACGUUUACAAAGAGGAUUAUGGGGUGCGACCCAAGCAGAUCGUAAAAUACAUGCACCAAACAUUUUUCAAACAACUAAUUCGGGCCAUUCUUAAAGUAUCCAGCGCUAAAAAGACGUCGAAAAUAGUUGUAUUGGACGACAAAAAGGACGCAGACAGAGAUGAUGAUAAUGACCUGGAUAAUGGUGAUGAUGUGGGCGGUGGUGGUCGUAAGUCCAAAGAUGAUGAUGGUGACUCUUCGGACGAUAAUGGUGAUGACGAUGCGACUGGCGUCAAGUUGAAGCAGCGCAAGACCGAUGACAGAGACUACGAUGACCCAGAUGAUGUUGAAGAGUUGGAAGAUGCCAAUGCGGAUGAUGAAGAGGCGGACGACCAGGACGACGAUGAGAAGGGUCUAGAUGGUAACGAGAACGGCGAUUCCGAUGACAAGUCCGUGGAGAAGUUGUUGAGCAACGAAAUGGUCAAGGGCUACAUCUACGACAAGGAGGACCAUCUGUGGUGCCAGGUUAAGCUGAGCCUGAGCGUUCGCUACCAGAAGCCCGAUCUGACUUCCAUCAUCCGCGAGCUGGCGGGCAAGAGUGUGGUUCACCAGGUGCAGCACAUCAAGCGAGCAAUCAUUUACAAGGGCGGCAAUGAUGAGCAGCUUCUAAAAACCGACGGCAUCAACAUCGGCGAGAUGUUCCAGUAUAACAAGAUUCUCGAUCUGAAUCGCCUGUACUCCAACGAUAUCCAUGCGAUUGCGAGGACGUACGGCAUCGAGGCUGCCUCGCAAGUGAUUGUUAAGGAAGUGAGCAAUGUGUUCAAGGUCUACGGCAUCACGGUGGAUCGUCGACAUUUGUCGCUAAUUGCGGAUUACAUGACCUUUGACGGGACAUUCCAGCCGCUGUCCAGGAAGGGAAUGGAGCACUCCUCUUCGCCCCUGCAACAGAUGUCCUUCGAGUCCAGUCUUCAGUUUCUGAGAAGCGCAGCCGGAUUCGGCCGGCCGGAUGAGCUAAACUCGCCGUCAAGUCGGUUGAUGGUGGGUCUGCCGGUGAGGAAUGGAACUGGUGCCUUUGAAUUGUUGACGAAAAUAGGUUAAUAAUAUAAAUGGACUUUUGCGAUAUUUGUUACAAUAAACAUAAACUGGACUAAUGUUUA